GUUUAAUCGAUCUUGAUAGUCUCAGUUUUGUUUCUGUAUUCAUAAUAAAAUAAAAGUGACUACACCUGUGCACUAUCAAAGAAUAACACCAAGAUGCUACCUCCAAAGUUGAAAAUAUUGAUGAUUGGACCUGCCCAGAGUGGGAAAACACUAAUUGCUAACUUCAUAUCUGAAUCAAUAAAUAUCGAAGAGUCUGGAACCCCUAGACCUACGCAGGGAGUGAGAAUAGUGGAAUUCGAAGUAUCUAAUUUGAGCAUUAAUGGAAAAAUUGUAAACAUUGAUAUUGAACUAUGGGAUUGCAGUGGUGACCAUAAAUUUGAACCUUGUUGGCCAGCAUUAAGAUUAGGCGUUCACGGUGUGAUUCUUGUAUGUUCGCCAAGCACAGUUCAAGUGGCCGCUAGAGAAAUGGAACUUCUAUACAACUAUUUUGUUUCCCAGCCAAAAUUAGCGGCAAAACAAUGUGUCCUUUUUUAUAACUGCACCGAAGAAAAUGAUGACAUGGGUGCCUUGAACUUAUCUGCUACUUUUACCAAGGUGUCUCAAGUUGUAAUAAACUUAAAGAAUGGCGGAAAUCGACUAAAAAUAGAUUUUUCCAAUUAUGUGGCUUCAGUUCUACAAUCAAUAAAUAUGUAA